AUGUUCAAACUUGGAAUUUUUAUGACAAUUCUUUGCCUUGGUGCAUCUGCUUCUGCCUCAUCGGACGUCCCUCGCAGCACGGAUGAGAGCGAUGAGGGCUUUGGUCUUUAUGCCUACGGGGAUUCAGUCGGAGGUCUCCCUCUUUUCUAUUCCGAAGGAAAAGCAUUUAUUGGAGACCCGACCAACUCUACCAGCUCGACUGCUUCCUCUGUGACCUUCAUAGCAGACUCUUCCAAGGGAUGGGUUGGCAACCCUAACGGCACCACCAAGGCGAAGGCUGGCUGGUCCGAUGAAUGUCUCUACAUUCCCAGUUCAUCCUCUUCCGACCAUCAAAUGGGCUUUACCUCCGAGACUUUGUCUAAUGAGACGACUGAUGCAUUCUUCCUAUAUGGACAAUGGGUGAUGGUCAAGUCAGACAAUGAUGACAUAUCGUCCAGCUUUUAUAUUCGCGAGGUCUCUGAAAGCGAGGGUACCUAUUCAUUGCUGUGGAAUGUGACUGAUGAAGACGGUGCUGUUCCGAUUUCUCUGCGCUCUACGAAACCUUCUGACUAG